AUGUACGAACGAAAGCAAAUAUCAAUGAAGCAGAUUUACUCAGAAACUGUUCUAAUCACUGAUCUAUUUGACGAGAAAACAUCAAGAUCAUUUUCUACAUGGUGUGGCACAGCCAAGUUAGAUCUAAUGCUUGCUGACCAAAUCCGCAAAAUUCAAAAAAAAAAAAAAAAAAAAAAAAAAAAAACGAUGAAACCUCCUGGAAAGGAAUCAACCGCGACAAGACUUCGUCUUUUGGAAAGUAUGGUAGACAGGUUGAUGAAAGCUUCUUCCGUGGACAUGGUGUUUGGUUCAUACAGCUCUGCUUCAGAUGAACUCUUUGUAAAACGUGAUACCACUACAACCACCGUCAUCCCAAGGACUGAAGGAAACAUCCAAGAUCUUUUGCAAUUCUUAGCGGCCGCUUCUUAUCCAAUUUCAAUUGUGGCAAUCGACUUCGCUGGUUUAACAACAAACAAACCUGACUUGGUCCAAUUUCUUCGGUAA